GAAGACCUCUCAGGCCUAAUGGCGAGUGUGGGAGCAAGCAGCAGCGAUAGGAAGGGGCAAGAGGUGGAGACCCCCGUCACCUAUUACCGUUUGGAGGAGGUAGCGAAGCGCAGCACCUUGAAGGAGAUAUGGCUGGUGAUCCACGGGCGAGUCUACGAUAUCACCCGCUUCGUUAACGAGCAUCCUGGCGGAGAAGAGGUUCUGCUGGAACAGGCUGGGGCAGAUGCAAGUGAAAGCUUCGAAGAUGUAGGCCACUCCUCUGAUGCCAGAGAAAUGCUAAAGCAAUACUAUAUUGGUGAUGUGCAUCCGAAUGACCUUAAACCUGAAAGUGGUAGCAAGGACCCUUCGAAAAAUAACACAUGCAAAAGCUGCUGGACAUACUGGAUUUUCCCCAUCGUAGGCGCUAUUCUCUUAGGUUUCCUGUACCGUUACUACUACUCGUCGGAAAGCAGAUCCUCCUGAGGAGGCCUUGCUGACGUCUGGAAAGCACGCCCACUUGGGAGUGAAAACUAGAGACUGGUUGGAGGCCGCAGCGGUGCCCUGUUCUCAGACCCUUCCCGCCGUUUCCUUCUCCCUUGGAGCCUAGUUGGUUGGCUGCGCACCCACCUCAGACCUGGGGGCCGUGUCCCUCUCUCAGAGCCUUACUCCCAAAGCACCCGCUCAUUGUUCGGUGUCCUUGCCGAGGUUUCCUGUCUUCACUGGUUUUCAUGAGCACCUUUAUGUUACAAACUUUUCUGUUAAUAACUGCAAUCCAUGUGCCCUAGUGACACCUCCUUUGGUCAGAUGCUUUCCAGUACCUUGCACAGUAGACAUCCUUAACACAGCAGCACACUCUGGGUUUGAAGCUUUCCUUUUCCCGUUUUUCUUUUAAGUAAACAUUAUUUUUAAAUUCUGACUUAAUUUUAUUGUUUGUCAUAAGGGGUUUAAUUCACGAACUAAGUUGUACGCCUGUAACUAAAAACACACCUGCCAGGUGAUCUUGUUCCUUGUUUCUGUUCGCUAAAGCCGGGAAGAGCCGCGGAUCCCCUCCCUCGGGGCCGGCGCGGCAGGCGGCUCCAGCCCCCCGCGGCCACCGUGUGCUGGACGCAACUGUGCUUCCCUUUCGUUUCUGGGGGGAGAGAAACGGAAAGGGAGAGAUGAACUGGAGUGAUAGGGCGAGUUCUUCUGGAAAAUACUGAGAAACACUGCUAUAGGAUGGGAGUUUAGAAAAAGCGCCAAAGACUUCAUCCUUUCCUUUGGUUUGGCACCGGUUUCUAGCUGUCCGCCUUCUUAUUUUUCCUUUCCCUUAACCAUCUUUAUUGGUAAAAUAAAAAUUUGUAAUUAUGUCUGUAGAGCUUUACCAGGGAUUUUUGCUGCUUUUUUGUUUAUUGAGUAGCAAAAUUUUUAUUCUCUGUUUUAAUGAACGUAAGAGACUCCAAAUUGAUCAAAGGUGCAGUAUUUGAUCUUCUGUUUGCCCAAUUAAGCAAAUUCCAUAGUCGAGUGGCAUUUGGAAGGGGGGAGAUGGUGACAAAAAAAUAUUUUCCAUUUCAUCUGUAUUUUACCUCCAUGGCUUUAAUUUGUGGUUUUGUUAUUUUUCCAUUGAGAAUUUAAAAACUGGUAGGUGUGUGUGUGUGUGUGUGUGUGUGUUUUCUCGGAUGAGUGUUUCAUUGAAGAGUCGGUUAUUAUUUAGAAUUAUGUUACUGUUUCUUCUUGGUUCAGGAAUUUCUUUGGCAUAUUUGCCUUUACUUUUUUUCCCCCCAUGUGAAAGCACCUGAGGAGACAGCACUCUGGCUGUUUUCUGCCAACCACUGUUUGUGGGGAUUUUUCUCCCCAUCUUUUGAGGAUCACCCGUCUGCUUCUGAGCCAUUGUCACAGGCAGCAGGGAGCAGCAUGGUUCAAGAAGGGUCGUGGGCGCUGCUUAGUACCUCUUCCUGCUUCCUGCUUGCCAGGGACUUGGCGAGACCGGAAACUGCCCAGCAAACCAGUUUCUGCCCAUGAAAACUAUUUAAGAAAAAGUUCAACCCAGGUCUUGUAUCCUGUGAUUUAGCAAUUGACUAAAUUCAGAAUUCAUCAAAAUAAUAUUACCCAUUUCUGCACACUUGCAUAUGACACUAUGGAGUAAUGUUUUGGCAUUUCUGGUGGACUUUUAUGUAUCAGGGAUAUGCUAUAGUCAAACUUCUAUCAUUAGAGAAAAUUUUGUAUGUAUUAUAAGAUGCCACUUUAAGACAAUUCCUUGAAAAAAAUAAUCUUUGGUUAUUAUGUAGCAAAAGUGGUGUGACUAUGGAUGCUCCUUUAUUUGAAGGCAAGGAAGGGUUUCCUUGAAUAAGAAUUGGCAUAUAAUUGCUAUAAGUUGCAUGAUUACAUGGGACCACAUUGGGGUAGAAGUAGAGAACAAAGGAGUAUUGAGGAGCUGGAAAGGGAACAUUCAAGCUAAAACUAAGCCGGAAGAUAAAUUUGGAUCGAUCAAAAAUGUCUUGGCAGUCUCCAAAACUGAAUGAAAAACAUCUGGCUUAUGAAAAACAUUGAAGAAUGAUAGCCUUAAGUAAAAUUGGUGUUUUUGAUAUUUUUAGGGUAAACAUUAAUGCAAAAGGUAUGUUUUUCUAUUUCAUAUUGGUUGUCUUUUCCUGUUUAUAUCUGGACUGAGAGCCAGAGGAAAAGAUUUUCAGACUUUGUCUCUGCCAUCUAUGAAAUUCAUCCAAUACCCAGGGCUUCUUUUGAUCUGCUAAUGUGAUGUCACUUUACAUUAUAAAAAACCACUUUUGGGUCCAUUUACUGUUAUUCUGCUGCCUACAUAAACAGCCAGGUGAAAGGUAGAACUUGUGUGGGAGUUUGCAGAGGUUUUUCUAAACAAUAAAGUAAUACAGUACGUUAGCCAAAUCCAUCAAAAAGGGCUUUUGUUUUAAGAGGUAGACUCGAAUUCCCAAAACAGUCUCAACACUGGUAGGUCUUGAAAACCCCUCUGGAACACGUGGGGCCUGCCCCUGUUGGCUGCCCGGGCCCCCUGGAACUGGCCUGGGGUGUUUGCUGGUUAAUUCCCGAGUGGCGAUUAGCUGCUGCUGCGCACCACGCUGUACACAUAAGGGCUGGGCGUCGCAAAGAGCAGGUGAGGGAACAUUUGUGCCUCCGAAAGAGAGAUGUGCCAGGUUUCCAAAAUUUCCUGGCCCCCUCUCUCUUAAGAAUUUUGUUUUCCACAUAACUUCAACAUUUGUAAAGACAAGACAUACUGUGUUUAGUUCUUCUGUGACUGCUUAAGCAGAAACACAAAAAUCCAUUAGAACCCCUCAUUUGAGUCUAUAAAAUUCUCUGAGCAGUUGUCAUAAAUGCAUAUGUUGGGAAAUGAGAGCAUUGCUGGGUUUAUAGCCAUUUAGUUCUAAUGUGGAGCAAUGAAAACUGCUUUUUACAGGCCAGGUAUAUCAUUACCCGUGGUAUCUCAUGCCUAAAAUCUCAAGCGAUAGCUAUCUGGUUAAAUUCCGUUUUAGGAGAUUAAAAUGCAGAAUGUUAAUGUUUAUUACUUCCUUCCCCAGGAGAAAUAGGUUCAGACAUGUCUUGUCUCAACAAGAAAUUGAUUCUUUUUAAGCCAUCUCAUUCGGUUUCCAAAUAUCACAAAAGUAAUGGGGAGCUUGGUCACAUUGGGUUGUUGUGCGCUGAAAGCCCAGGUUGGAAUUUGGGGUGAUCUCAGAGGGAGGUUCCAGAAGCAGAGCGGUAUGUAAGUUACCUACCCUACAUCUAGCGUCUCACUCCUGAGUUUUAGGAACUGCACUCGCUUGCAUCUAUAUUCUACACUUGCUAUUUUGACAAAAUAUUACGAUCAUUUGACUUCUUUCUACUUCACCCUCAACUGUGAACAAGUAAUAUUAACAUUCCUUUUGUGUAUUUAAUAAUGGAGUUUGUUUACCUAUUUUAUUUCAACAUAUUUUGAACAAAGAUCUUUGUCUCUUUCUGCUGGAAUGUGCACACAGUGAAUGUUUGUUAGAACUAAACACAAUAAAGACACUGUUUGCCUUUU